AUGGCCUCUGCCGGGGUGGCCGCCGGCCGGCAGGCCGAGGAUGCGUUACCGCCGCCGGCCGAGCCGCCGCUGCCCGAGACGAAGCCACUGCCGCCUUCGCAGCCGCCGCCUCCGGUCGCCGCGCCUCAGCCACAGCAGUCGCCGGCGCCGAGGCCUCAGUCACCUGCCGGCGUGAAGGAGGAGGAGAAUUACUCCUUUUUACCUUUGGUUCACAACAUCAUCAAAUGUAUGGACAAGGACAGCCCCGACAUCCACCAGGACCUGAACGCCCUCAAAACCAAGUUCCAGGAGAUGCGGAAGGUCAUCAACACCAUGCCCGGCAUCCACCUGAGUCCCGAGCAGCAGCAGCAGCAGCUGCACAGCCUCCGAGAGCAAGUCAGGACCAAGAACGAACUUCUGCAGAAGUACAAGAGCCUCUGCAUGUUUGAGAUCCCCAAGGAGUAG